AUGCUCACUGUACCGAUUCACAUUUCCUUGAGGUUCUUGAGACAUGGUUAUUUACCUCUGGAUUACGAAAAAUUAUCGGAAAUUUCUAACAAUCCUCACAUAACUAAUUUAAAGAAACAAGCUAAAAAGGGGAUAAACGAAAUAUUUAGGAAUAGCGCGGUAAAUCAUCUGUAUAUAAACUCCGAAAUUUCCAGGAUCCAGCCAGCUUCCAUUUAUAAUUCAGAUUGGAAACAUACGAUUAUAGUGGACUUCAUUUUACAUUUUAAGAAAACGCAAACUGACAUUAAAAGAUCCCAGAUCUACAGAGUGAUACACGACCGUUUGCUAGCCACAAAAAACAGAUUAGGGUUUUCCUCCCAUUUAUACGUUGACAUAAGUUCCAUCCCAGAGAUGGCCAUUAUGAGCACCGCCGGUGGUUCAUUAUUGAGUUCCUUGCUGCACACGAACAGAGAAUGUUCCUUGGAAAUUAAUCAAGGAUGCGGGGAAAAUGCGGAUUGCAGAGUAUCCAAAGGGGAAAUCAAGUGCCUUUGCCGGAUAGGCUUCCAUAUGGUCCCGAAUGGCACAGAUUGUACCGUUUUCGAGAUGCAAAAUUUGCUAGUUUCUAUAGAAACUAACGAUGUGAAUUCGGCAUUAGGAUCUUCAUAUUUGGAUAUAGAUGGCGGAUCGCAAAGUGCCGAACAUCAAGAUUUAUCCUUAAAUCGCCUCAACACAUUGAAUUUACUUCCCGAAGUUAAAGCUCAAAUGCUGAACCCUAAAUACGAUUCUCUUUUCUUGGACGCCAAGGCAGAAUCCUUAGGACCUCCGUUGAAAAACAAAGAAGUCUACAAUAUUAGCCUUUACCUGAAAUCGCCAAUUAAAAAAUCAAAGCCUUUCACCUGCUACGUAAAAUACUAA